AGUUGACACAAGUCUGUUUUCUUUGAAGGAAAACUAAACUGAAUCCAUCAGGUUUUUCUCAACAAAACAGCAGAGUCGGAUCCAAACACUGUGUGUCGACAUGUCUGCUGCCAGCUGUCUGCUGACUGAGGAUCAGUUUCUGUGCUCCAUCUGUCUGGAUGUGUUCACUGAUCCAGUCACCACACCAUGUGGACACAACUUCUGUAACAAAUGCAUCACUGAACACUGGGAUGUUAAUGUCCAGUGCCAGUGUCCCACCUGUAAAAGACUUUACAACACAAGACUUGAGCUGGAUGUGAACACUUUCAUCUCUGAGAUGACUGCUCAGUUCAGACAGUCAGUUCAACAGGAAACCAGCAGCAGCAGCUCAGAGCAACAAGCUGCCAAACCAGAAGAAGUUCCCUGUGACGUCUGCACUGGAACCAAACUAAACGCCCUGAAGUCCUGCCUGGUUUGUCGGGCCUCCUUCUGUGAGACUCACCUGGAGCCUCAUCUGACCAUGUCAGGCCUGAAAAGACAUGAGCUGAUCGACCCUGUGGAGAACCUGGAAGACAGAGUGUGUAUGAAUCACGAUAAACUGCUGGAGCUGUUCUGUAAGACCGACCAGAUGUGUGUCUGCAUGCUCUGCACCUAUUCAGACCACAAGUCUCAUGAUGUUGUUCCUCUGAAAAAAGAAUAUGAAGGAAAGAAGGCUGAGCUGAAGGAGACAGAGGCUGAAAUUCAGCAGAUGAUCCAGAAGAGACGACUGAAGCUUCAUGAGAUCAAACGCUCAGUGGAGCUCAGUAAAGAACGAGCAGACAGAGAAACAGCAGAAGGUGUUCAGGUCUUCACUGCUCUGAAGGAGUCUGUUGAGAGAGGCCAGGCUGAAUUCAUCAGGACGAUCAAAGAGAAGCAGAGAACAAGAGAGAAACAGGCUGAAGACUUCAUCAACGAGCUGGAGCAGGAAAUCUCUGAGCUGAAGAAGAGAAGCAGUGAGGUGGAGCAGCUCUCACUCUCUGAAGAUCACCUCCACCUGAUCCAAAGCUUCUCAUCCCUGAACACUGCUCCACCCACCAAGGACCUGACAGAGGUCAGCUUCUUUCCUCCAUCAUAUGAGGGGACUGUGGCGAGAGCUGUGAAUCAGUUUGAGGAGACGCUCAGUAAACAGAUGAAGAAGUUUUUUGAGGCUGAGCUGAUGAGGGUCCAGCAGUAUGCAGUGGAUGUGAUACUGGAUCCUGAUAUAGUCCAUCCCACACCCACCCAGUCUAGUGCUAAACAGGAAGUAAAGGAGGGUGAUAACUGUAGAUGUGUCUUAUCAGAGCAGGGUUUCACUUCAGGAAGAUUUUACUUUGAGGUUGAGGUUAGAAGUUGGGGUAUAUGGACUUUAGGAGUAGCCAGAAAGUCCAACAUGAAGAGACAAAUCACACUGAGCCCCAACAAUGGUUUCUGGACUGUAUGUUUGAAGCAGAAGUAUUUUGCAACUGCUGACCCAUCAGUCUGUCUCUUUCUGAAGUCAAAGCCUCAGAAGGUGGGGGUGUUUGUGGAUUACGAGGAAGGCCUGGUCUACUUUUACGAUGUUGAUACUGCAGCUCUUAUGUACUCCUUUACUGGAUGCUCCUUUACUGACAAAGUCUACCCAUUCUUCAGUCCCUGUAAUAAUGACGGUAUUAAAAUCCACACCAUUGAUGAUAAGGUUUGUACUUUACAAUGA